AUGGGUUGCUGCACUUUCUCGUCGGACGAUAUUGUAAUAAAGUCUCCAAAUGAUAAGCGACUGUACAGAGUGAUUAAGCUUGAGAAUGGCCUCACUGCAUUGCUCAAUCACGAUCCUCAGGCAGCAGCAGCAAUGUGUGUUGGAAUAGGCAGCUUCUCUGACUCUCUCGAGGCUCAGGGGCUUGCACACUUUCUAGAACACAUGCUCUUCAUGGGGAGUACUAAGUUCCCAGAUGAAAAUGAGUAUGCUAGUUACUUGUCCAAGCAUGGAGGGUCGUCAAAUGCACACACAGAAGCAGAACAUACUUGCUACUACUUUGAUGUGAAACGAGAAUUUCUUAAGGGUGCCUUGAAAAGAUUUUCUCAGUUCUUUGUUUCACCUCUAAUGAAAAAUGAAGCCAUGGCAAGAGAGUACGUUAACACUCAAUAUCUUCCAGCUGCUACUUCAAAGCAUUCACGGUUGGACAAAAAGGCUGCUGGAGAAGCCACUCCCCAAGCAUUCACGGUUGGACAGAUUGACAAUAUCAGAUCACCCACAAAAUCUGCAAAAUUGACAGUAACCCACAAACAAGAAUAUCUAAAAGAUCAAAAUCUGCAAAAUUGA